CAAGAGUAGGAGAAAGCAAGAGAAAUUGAGUGAGAGCUCUUGUGAGAGAAAAGAAAGAGAGAAAUUAUGAGAAAUCCUUGUGUAGAUUAAGAGGGAGUAUUAGGGAGAAUUUGAGAGCUUCUAUACAUUGAAGCUAAGGUGUUGAGUGCUUGUUGAGUGAGAGAGCUUCUAAAUUAUUGUACUCUUUUUCUUAAUAGUGGAUUUAUUUCUCUCUUUCCCGUGGACGUAGACUUGUUGAGAGGUGUACAAGUUGAACCACGUUAAAUUAUUAUCUCAAUUUCUUUAUUGCUUCCGUUUAUGUGGGAUUGUGGUGUUCGAAAUUCCCAACAAGUGGUAUCAGAGCUAUUGGUAGAGCUCCUGGUGUUGUGGCGAAAUGCAAAUUGAAGCCACGAAGUAUUCAAUUGAGCUAUUUGAUGGCAAGAAUGACUUUGCUCUAUGGCAAAGCACUGUGAAGGAUGUCCUUACUUGUCAAGGACUUGAUGCAGCUUUAGAAGAGACCAAGCCAGCUGAGGUGAGGAAUAGUGAAUGGAGUACUAUCGAGAAGAAGGCAGCAAGUCAAAUUCGGCUGGCGCUUGCACCGGAGGUGAAAUACAACGUCCUUUUAGAGACUACUCCAAUAGAUGUCACAUCCAUGUUGUUGGAGAAUGAUAAGUUUUUUGGGGAGGAUGAUGGUGCCAAUCAAACUAAUGCUUUGGUGAUGGAGCACUCUCGGGGAAGAUCCAAUGGACGUGGAGGUGGAGGAAAUCGAGAAAGGUCGAAAUCCAGACCUAAAAAGGAUUAUGGUGAAGUGCAGUGUUUUUAUUGUGGGGAGCUUGGCAAAAUAACAGUGGCUACCAGUGAGAAGGUGAAUAUUGAAGGCAUAGGAGAUGUUUAUCUCAAUGUUCACAAUGGGAGAGCCAAGAUUCUCAAGAAUGUGAGAUAUGUGCCCAAGUGUUCUAGCAACAUUAUUGCUUUGAGUGAGUUGACAACACGAGGGUGCAAGUAUGUCGGAAAACAAGAAUGGUGCAAGGUCUACAAAGGUGGAAGACUUGUCUUGCGUGGGAGAAAGAACAAGCACAACAUCUAUGUGCUUGAGCAACAUCUAUGUGCUUGAGCAACAUCCCGAGAGAAGGCUCAACAAAACCAUGAGGAAGAUGGUGUGGAAGCCUAAAGGGAUCUUGGUAGAUGGCAAGGAAAUUAAUAAGACCAAGAAGAAGGUGAGCUUCAACAAUGAAGUGGUGUUUGAUGA